AUGAACGCAAUAAAAGAAUUUUAUGCCAGACAAAUCCCUUCACGUAAUUCUGAGCUGACUGUUAUCAGAACGUUGAGACCACUAUCUUUAUUGAUUGGCUACAUUUGCGUGGCAGUUUUUUUUGGCUUUCAACUAUAUGAACUGCACCAAGAUGAGAGAACAUUAGUUUUUCGGGAUGACUAUAAUCCCUCAAUUCCUACUCCGAUUGUCUAUUUUUGCGCUGACUUUAACUUUACUGUCGAUUGUAUGGUAACGUAUUCUAAUAAUGUCUCAAGUUGUAACGAAUAUGUCGAGCAAAUUGGCGAUGAUAUACACGUAGUACCAUAUACAAUAGUUAAUACAUCCAACUUGAACUUUGCUGAUGACUACAAUUAUAUCGUUGAUGAAAACACUAUUUACGUCUUCAGCUUGACGGUUAAUAUAGUGGAUACAACUUUUAUUAGCGGCGAAGAUGCUGGCAUGAUAGUGUGGUUUACCGAUAAAGAAACAAAACUUGGUAUGCUAAUGGAAUUAUCUGACGAUGAACGCUUGAAAGGAUCUAGCGAUUAUGCGGCUACGAUAUCAGCUGAUAACUACUUCCGUCUCGCCAAUAACCAGUCGUACGCCUUUUUUUACGAACGCAAAAUAGCCAAUCGUCUUAAUCAAGAUGCUGUAAACAUACUUUCUGGAGACGGCCAACAUACGCGUUUGGCAAUGAUAGACGGCUUUCUUGUAUCAUACCCCGGCAACGGAAAUUAUUCGUAUAUAGAAAUAAACCCCAAAUCUUUUGUCACCAGAACGGAAACCGAAAUCUCCAAUCUGACAAUAAUGGAUGCCAUUAGUAAUGUGGGUGGUAUAUACGCUGCUGCAUUAGUUAUUUACAGAUUUUUGUACGGCACAGAUGGAAUAAGACCGUGGGGUUUGGUCCAGAAUUUGCCGCACAUCCGCCGCAAAGCUAGGUCCGCCCUUCACAACAGUCUAAGUCCCAAUAUCCCAUUUACAGGCUCUGUGUUAUCAAAAGAUCUUUUGAUUGACGAGAAAGUUGCAGCAAUAGAACAGAAACAGCUUGCGUUAGAAUUGUUUUUAAAGGAAUACGUUGUGAACGUAGAUAACAUCAUACACGACCAAGCUAACUAA